CUCUUUGUCAGACUUGUGUGCCUAUAUCUGAAACAUGAAGGAGGAAGCAGACGCAGAGGAUUCUGUUUAUUGCUGCGGAUGCAUGCAAAAAAUGCAGGAACCUGUUUAUCUCCCAUGUGGGCAUGGCUACUGCACAGAAUGUAAUAAAGGCCUCAGGAGUGACACUGGAGUAAGCUGUUGCUCUCAAUGCAAAAAGACUUUAACCAAGAGGACAAUUAAGGUCCAAACAUCCACCACGGAAAAAGGAGCCGAUGAUGCAAAAAAAAGGCGACUCAGUUCUCCACUGAAGAAAGAUUUGAGACCUAGGGAAGUGAUGUGUGAUUUUUGUUCUGGGACAAAGUGCAGAGCGGUGAAGUCUUGCCUGAAUUGUUUAAUCUCCUACUGUGAGAUGCAUAUCCAGUCCCACUUUGACAUUCCCAUGUGGAGAAACCACAAGCUGAUAGAUCCCAUUGAAAACCUGAAGAUGAGAGUCUGCAGUCAGCACGAGAAGCCCAUGGAGUUAUAUUGUCGGACAGACCAGACCUGUAUCUGCUGCUUAUGUGAAGUGAGUGAACAUAAGACUCAUGAUACUUGCUCAACGGAAGAAGAAAGGCAACAAAAGCAGGUCCCGCUGAAAGCAAACAUGGAACUGAUCCAGAAAGCACUUAAGGAGAAGCAAGAGAAGCAGCAGGCAAUGAAAGAGACUCCAAAACUAAUUAUGGCCUCUGCGAAGAGGGAACAGCAAGAAUGUCAGGAGAUUAUUAGCCUCCUGAAAAAUUUACUCGCUGAAUUGGAAACAAAGCUGAGUGAUCUGAUUACUGAACACGAAAAGAAAGAAGUCAGAAAGGCCAAAGGGAUUAAAAAACAACUGGAGAAUGAGAUUGAGGAUUUGAAUACAAGGUAUAAUGAGAUGAUAAAGCUUUCCGAGACUGAAGACCACACUCUUUUCCUACAGAACUACAAGACACCUUCUGUCCCUUGUGGAGCUGGUGCUUCACCUUCUAAAGUUGUAUGCAGAGACUUUUCAUCUGAAGAACUGAGGAAAGAGUUGUUGGAUCUGAAAACGACUCUAGAGGACAUCAGCAAGCGAGGACUGGAGGCAGUCGUUAAAACAGAAGGUGCAGUUCCAGUUAUAACAUUGAGAGUGGCUUUGCCAUGUGAACCUUUAAAACGACAGCAUAUGUCCAUUUUGCUUCCCUCAUCGUUUGUUAAAAAAACAGACUUGACAGAGGCACAGAAACCCAGAAACCUGCUUUGCCGAAUUAACACCUGAUAAACGGCUAAGCUAUUCUGCAGCUCUCUCCUUGACCAAUAUCUGGUCAGCUUGCCUUCUGAAUUUCAAACACAAUGUUGACAUCCUGCAAGACCAAAGAGGUGACAACAAGGUCAAGUACCUCACUGCAAACUGAACUCUUGCUUCACUUAAUGAACACUAGGCAUGGACCGGUAAUUGAAAGUGGAUUCUGAUACAAUAAUUGGAGGCUACUGCAAUUUCCUUUAAAUCUAGGUGGUGCAAAUAUCUCUCCAGCCAACCAAUGACCUUUGACUCAAACUUUUCCAUAUGAAGUUGCAGACAAACAAGCAAAAAGCCUAGCAACAAGCUAAGGAAGACAUCAAAAGAACCACAUGGUAUGACGUGCAAUUGUACAUCUCUUCAGUCAUCAUCAUGGAAGGCUUGGCAUCCUUGCUCUACCCUUCUACUCUGAAGAAGAUGAAUCAGAACUCUACAUAGCGUGGUUUGUCGUGUGGUGGGAGCGACAAUGCGCUGUAUCAGUGAACGCUCCCAAUCUCUUUCUCUCUUUAUGUAGCCACUAAACAGCCAGUUAAAACCUACUUUUUCAUAACUGAUUGUUAACAUGUAAGAAGUCCAUGACUAACUGUGUCAGGUAAACUUCUAGAUUUUACAAGCUUUCAAUUAAUUUCAAACAAGUAGCCUCAGACUGUGGCCUAACAGAGUAGCCCUCUUUAAGUUCCUUGAGCUUCACUAAUUACAUACUAUAUCUGGAUAUAGAUUUUUGGGGACAGCGAAGUCAAUUUUGUCUACCAGCUUUUUUUUAAUCAAUACUAAUUUUUAAAUUGUUAAAUAUUUUAUGUGUGUUUUUCCAAUGCCAUCUUUGUUUUCCUGGGUGCGCCCAUUUUUCAGCAAUAGUUGCUAUUGCAUUGCAACGAACCUCGGAGGUACGUAAUUCUAACUUCAGGUUUAAAAGAUUUGCACUGUGAGCUUCCUAGAGUUUGUGGAUAAAAUCAAAAUAAAUCUCUGCAUGUU